AUGCGCACCCUCCGAGACUUUUUCAUCCGGGUACCUGAUCCAAGUAUACCUUCGCAACCUACCCGCACCAAGGCUCAAAAUUUGGAUGAAGCGCCGGCUUCAUCUCCACCCUCAGAGGCCCCGCGAUCUUCAAUAACGAUAGACCUCACCCAGGAUGACAAUGCGCAGAUAGAGGAAGAUAGCCCUACAGCAGCUCAGCUUGAUAUAUCGCAAUCACGACCAACCACCGAUAAGAGACCGGAACAAUCUGCGCCAGAUCAGAGCUUCACUGGAUCAACCCCGCUGCCCUCGUCACUGAAUAGCAGCUUCAAUCCAUCGCAACGCAUCCUCAAAGAUGGUAAAGAGGUGGUUAUCAGUUCCGACGGGGAUGAUACAGACUCAAUAUCCUCUUUGGAAGAUCCAGAUGUCCUCUUUGCCCCGAUGAACAAACCCAAGAAUGAUGCCCCGCCCCCGCCAAACCCAUAUCAACCGAACAAAGCCUUACUUGCUCAGCUCUCUGCGCCAAAGAAGUACAGGUUCAACCUCGAUUCUCUCGUGCAUGAUGCGGUAGAUGAUGAUGAGAUAGAAGCCAACGUCGCCAAGGCUAGGGCACGAUUACAACAAAAUGGAGUCCAAGAUGGUGCUGGGGGAUCAAAGAAAGGACUGAACGAGGGCGUGUUGGCAUCCGCUCUGGGCGGCGAUUCCGAUGAAGGGCCGGGUCUCCAACGUCUCAUGGACGCCGUUCGAAGAACCGAGGCCCUCGAACAAAGUCGUAACUGGCGGUUCUUCGAUCAGAGCCAGUUGCCACCUGCCACGCCAAACUUUCCUAUUGAAUUGUUCCCACCAGAAUCGCCUCUGGCAGGACUGAGAGAACCUGACUCUCGCGCCCGGCUCCUCCAGUCCGGUAUUUUAGAGUACGCUGCGUCAAUGCAGCGUUUGCCAGAUGAUUUCCUCUUGUGGAUCAUCCGGUCUAUUCCCCUUGAACCUCGAGAAGAGUUGAGGAAGGCUUAUUGUCGGAUUUUCACGCAAACACCUAAAGAGCAAACGGGAUCAUUGAUGCGCCAAGAUACUAUAGACGGACUCUUCCGUCAACUGGGGGCUAGGCCACACGCGUUGAUUCUAUGUGAACCAGUUAUCGCAGAUCCUCCUGAACCAUCGUUACACGCACCACCUACUAGAGAGCGACCGGCCUUGGUUUCCGUCUUAAAUCUGAUUCGAGACACCGCGGCAGCGGAGCUGUUUGACGAUGAUACCCAGGUGCACGCGAUUCAGAUUCUACUUCGAAUGUCGCUGGAUACAGCAUUAACUACAGACUGCGCCAUACGUGCUGAACUUCAGGGAACGUUGACUUCCCUUCUGGAAUUCGGGCCGAGGCAGAGAAUUGAAUAUCAAAUUUGCACCAGCGUUUUUGAAACGAUCAAAGAUCCGCAGUUUCAGAGCCGGCUAUUACAACAAAUUCUCCCAACGUCAACAUGGGUGUCCUUGCUCCGAUAUCGACUCGCCGUUUCAUUUCUACUGCAGGACCCAAGCCCCUUAACCGAGCCCCCAGAGGUGGUACUUGGUCUGCGGCGUAUCACUGAUCUCUUGGUGCGUGACGAACGAUUCCAAGUAAAGAAACACCGAGGUAAUAGCGACUACGACUACGGUGAUUUAAUUGCUAUCGCCUUGCAACUCGAGGUGUGCAUCAACUCGGCCCUCUUCGACUUAAAGUAUCGGCAGGCAGACACGGAGGUAAAGUUCAAUAAAGCGAUCGACCAGCUGGCUGCGCAGAUCAAGAAAAUCUUCACCUCCAUUGAAGAUACCGGCGCAUCCCAUCUCCAGCGCAUGCUGGCAAAGGACGCACUAGAGACACUGCACUAUCGGAUGAUUUACUCGGUUCGCUCCAAGGCUCCUCCCAAGAAGACAUUGUUUAAAAACUUCAGGAGGGAAACAAAUCACAACCUCAAAGAUAUGUUCAUGAGAGGGAACACUGCGACAGACACCACCGAUGGAGCAACCGAUACUGCAGAUACCGAAAGUGCCGGUGGCAUGGCAAUGCCCAUUCGACGACAUGAUUAG